GCUUCGGCCUGGUCUAGCCUAGCUGUUGUGGCCAUUUGAAAAGUGAACCAUUGGACAGAAAUUCUCUCUCUCUGUAACUCUGCCUUUCAAAUAAAUACGCGAAUUAAAAGAAUGAAAUAAAAAGCUACACGGCAUUCCGUGAAAUGGCUAGCCAUAACUGUUCAGCCAGUUCAGGCUACUUCCAGUCUUCUCCCGCUGCAGAUGUUGCCGCAAGCCCACCUGAGAACGUGCUGCCGAUGGCCUUCAGCGUACAUUUUUCACAGAGUGGAAGAGAGCCGGUCAGGAACCUUGCCGGGCUCCCUGAAGGAGGGCACCAAUGCCUCUGCUCUGGAAAAAGACAUUGGUCCAGAGCAGUUUCCAAUCAAUGAGCACUACUUCGGAUUGGUCAAUUUUGGGAACACGUGCUACUGUAACUCCGUGCUGCAGGCGCUGUACUUCUGCCGGCCGUUCCGUGAGAAUGUGCUGGCAUACAAGGCCCAGCAGAAAAAGAAGGAAAACCUGCUGACGUGCCUGGCGGACCUGUUCCACAGCAUCGCCACGCAGAAGAAGAAGGUGGGCGUCAUCCCCCCGAAGAAGUUCAUCUCUAGGCUGAGAAAGGAGAACGAUCUCUUCGAUAACUACAUGCAGCAGGAUGCCCAUGAAUUUUUAAACUAUUUGCUGAACACUAUCGCCGACAUCCUGCAGGAAGAGAAGAAACAGGAAAAGCAAAAUGGAAAAUUAAAGAACGGCAACAUGAACGAACCUGCGGAGAACAACAAGGCGGAGCUCACCUGGGUCCAUGAGAUUUUCCAGGGGACGCUCACCAAUGAAACGCGAUGCUUGAACUGUGAAACUGUUAGUAGCAAAGAUGAAGAUUUCCUGGACCUUUCUGUUGACGUGGAACAGAACACAUCCAUCACCCACUGCCUCAGAGACUUCAGCAACACGGAGACGCUGUGCAGCGAGCAGAAGUACUAUUGUGAGACGUGCUGCAGCAAGCAGGAGGCCCAGAAGAGGAUGCGCGUCAAAAAGCUGCCCAUGAUCCUGGCGCUGCACCUGAAGCGGUUCAAGUACAUGGAGCAGCUGCACAGGUACACCAAGCUCUCCUACCGCGUCGUCUUCCCCCUGGAACUGCGGCUCUUCAACACGUCCAGCGACGCUGUGAACCUGGACCGCAUGUAUGACCUGGUGGCCGUGGUCGUCCACUGUGGCAGCGGUCCUAAUCGUGGCCAUUACAUCACCAUCGUGAAAAGUCACGGCUUCUGGCUCCUGUUUGACGACGACAUCGUGGAGAAAAUAGACGCCCAAGCUAUUGAAGAAUUCUAUGGCCUGACGUCAGAUAUAUCAAAGAAUUCAGAGUCCGGAUAUAUUUUAUUCUAUCAGUCACGAGAAUAACUGUAGGGGCCGUGGGAGCAAGGCAGCGGGGCAGCCUGCCGGCCCUGGGACCUGGACCCCGUCUGACCGUCCUCCUCCGCCGCCGCGGCCGCCCAGGGCCUGGCCACAUUGGCCUCUGCCCCUUUGUUCUCCACGCAGCACCACCCUUGGUUUAGUUUUAGUGUGAAGCCGAGUUCACGGCGACCAGAGUGCCGUCACUUUUCUUUGGAUAGCAGUUGCUGAUUUUCACGCGGGGUGAGUGUCGCGCCACGUGUUCCGUCUGGUGGAGUCGGGGCGCCCUUCCUGCGAGUGUUGCAGUCUGUUUCGGGGGAUUUGCUAGAGUUCCUUGCUGGCCCCCGGGACCCCCUUCCAGUGCAUUCCAGAAACGUGUCCCUGGAAACAGUGCUGCCCGCGCUCCUGACAGCAGGGCCCCAGACUUGGGUGGAGGUGUGCGUUGUAAGACUGUUGCGCUCUGUUUGUGCGAGGGAAGGCUUAGCUAAGCAGCGGGUGACCCACGGGGCACGGGGAAGAGCAAGGCCUCUUGGGGUAGCGGGGCACUGUCCACACGGGAAUUCCAAGGCCGGGGAGCGGGGAGCCCAGGGCAGGCAAAGCCAGGAGGGCGUUUUUGCGCAUAGUUGCUUUCCUCUCCUUUCUACCAAAAGCGAGUUGGAGGAUGGUGGCCCCACUUUUCCUCCGUGAGGCCCCGUGAGCUGGAGCUCCACAGUGUCCUGCCCCCGGCGAGCUCCGUGGGACGUCUUUGCCGUCCUGCUGAUGGCGCAGGGCGGAGGCAGCACGUGGUGCAGCCCAGCCCUGCCGGGCACAGCCCUCGCCGCGCACUGCAGCUUCUCUGGGUGAUGGGGGAGUGCCGGGGCCGACGGGCACCCUGGCUGCAGGCCAUCCUGGAGCUGGCGACGCGGGAAGGUGGCCGAGGAGGGGUCCCCAGGCUGGUGGAUGAAGGCACCCAGGGGCGGUUUCUUUGGCCCGGACUCCCUGAAGGCGUGAGAAGACCCUCAUCUCAGCGCAGUUCCUUUUCCUUUUUUCACUUUUGUUAUGUAUGUAUUUAUUCGAACAUCUGAGGACUGGUACCUUUAAUUCAGAGGGUCCGUUUGGCGUGGAGCUGGUUUUUGGUUUGCCACGCACCCCACGAGCUGUGGCUUCCUUGAGGAGGUCGGCUGGCCUCCACGUGCGGGGCCGUACUGUGAACGCACUGUUACCUGUCACGCGCGCGAACGGACGUGCAGACUUUGGGCAGACUUUGGGCGGAAUGUGAACUCGAGAGCGAGAUGUCCGUGGCCGUUUUGCAACCCCGAAGAGGAUGAUAGCACUUUACCCAGAUGAAAACUGGAUUUCUUAUUUUUGAAAUAUCUUGAACUGUUGAUUUCUCAGAACUUAAAUACGCAUGCCGACACUUCAUUGGUUCCUACUUGAACUGAAGCGUUUCGCUUUUCACUGGAGAAGACAAAACAGGGUGCGCUUCACGUUCCUGUCUCAUGCAAGUGGCAGAAAUGUACGGUCUGGUUCCGAGGCAGGCUCAUGUUCAUGGGUGUUUUUGUCUCGUUUUUCCUCCACGAAGCAUGUGCGGUAAUCGCUUACCUGGGAGGUGAAUCUUUCACGUCUAGAGAGGCACUUCCUGCAGGGGACGGCGAUGUCUGUGCUGUCACCAACCCAGAUGUCACAAAGCUUAGGAAAGCGACGGCUGAGCUCUAAUAGAUUUGGAACUGAUUCAUAACAAAAACUAUUAAACUUAUCUUUGCAACAA